UCCAGACUUUUUUGCGUGGCCAUCAGAGAACCUUUGCGACUUCAUCAGAGGUUUUGAGCAGUCUUUUCUCUGGUCGGAAUAGGAUAUUUGGUUCAUCUCUUCUUUUUUUUUUCUAUCUUGUCAGAUCAGACUCUUUUCACGUCGAAAUAUCUCCUCUCUCUGCCAUCUCGAUAUCAUCGCCCUCACGACUUUCUUAUCGCACCUGAGUCGCCUUAUCGAGUAUUGAUCGAUCGGAAAGCCUGUGAAGCUACUUCACCCCGAACUACAGCACCCUAUAUACUUCCCCCCUCUUUUCACCACAUUUUCCAUUCAGGGAGUACAAAGCAUGGAAGGGUCCUCUAUGCAGAUCCCCGGCCUCAAUCUUGGCCAGGGGCAAGCUGAAGAGAAGCCAGCCAGUGAGGUGACCCAAAACACUCCUAUCGUUUCGGAAAAGCAGCAGGAGAAUCUAUCUCCAGUGGUUGAGGCCUCUGCUCGCCCGGAUGAGGGCAUGGAUCUCGAUGUCCAAGAACCUGUCAUCACCAACCAACCAGAAACCAGCACAAAAGGAGUGGUGUCUGUUGAUGUUCAAAUGAAGGCCACAGAUCUUGAUGUCCCAGGCAGCCCAGACGUUACUGACGCGCUUGAGGCUGCUCUUGCUGCCGAGAAUGAUGUCAAAGACAUGGUGGCUAAAGCCCAGGAAUCUGUUACUGCUCCAGCGACUGUCACUACAACGGAGAGCAAUGUCAAUGUCAACGACACAGUCAGGGCUACAACACAGGAGACUGAUAUUACAGAGACCAUCAGAAAUACGACAAACGAGACUCCCGUCCAAGAUGGAGAGCAAGAGGAGGGCGAGCAUCCAGAGUGGGAGAUUGACUCUUCACCCUAUGAGUCCUCAAGCUCCGAUUCUUCAGAUGAUGACUCAGAUGAUGAAGACUAUCCAAUUCUCGGCGUCGAGGAAACCGCCCGGAUGUUGAUGGCUCUCGAGCAUGAUGGUGAUGUGAACGGGUCUCGAGGCGUUACAGAGCCAAUCCGAUCCAAAAACGAGAAGCCUGAAGAGGUGAUCCCCAAGCCUGAUGUUCAAAUUCUCCCCGAGGAUAAGAUUGAGCUUUUGGGUCAGAUUCAGUUCAUUGUCGAGACCAAUCUUGUCAUCCAAUCCUGCAAGUCCGCUGCAGAGCAGGUUCUAGACACCGGCACUGUACUGUGCAAGGAAGACCGCACCGUCAUUGGUGCCCUGGCUGAUGUGUUAGGCAACGUCAGAGAUCCCAAGUAUACGGUGGGCUUCGCCAACGAAGAGGAGAUCAAAGAGCUUGGGCUGGAAGUUGGAAUGCCCAUCUUCUUCUCAACGAGGCAUGCCAACUCUGUUUUCACCAAGCCGCUUAUGCAAGCGAAGUACACGGAUGCGAGCAACGUGCACGAUGAAGAGCUUGCUCCUGAAGAGAUGGAGUUCUCCGACGACGAGAAGGAACAAGAGUACAAGCGGAACAAUAAGCUGCAGAAGCGAACGAACCGCGAGAAAAAGCUCGGGAUUGAACCAGGAACUGGUCGCGGUGGCGGUCACGGCGGAAAGUGUGGUGGUCGAGGCGGAGGUUCAGGCUGGGGCGCCCAACAUGCUCCUAGCUCCUCCGUUGCGACAACAGCUACGCUCGAUUAUGAUGACGACGAUGGGCCUUACCGUCCAUUGGCCAGACCCCCUGGAUUUGGUUUACCUCCCAGGCCCCCGAGUCCGGCUCGCGACCAGCUGAACUUCAAUCAGCAUGGUGGUUUCGACAAUCGAGGCCGUGACGAUAAUCGUGGUCAUGAUGGCUUCCGUGAUCGAGGAAACAGCCGUGGCAGGGGCGGCUUCAGAGGCAAUUUCCGCGGUCGCGACAACGAAGGGGGUCCUCGCGGCUUUGGUCAUGGGAGACAUUCGUCUGUCUCGACUGAUGUCUCCACCGCAACAUCCGCAACUCUGCCAGCUUUCUCCGCCAGCGGCAGCCCUUCUCCCUACAGCUUACAUGUCCGCCCUCCAUUCCCACCCGUUCCAGCUCCUACCCAAGGCGCCUGGCCCGGCAUGCCAGCUAUUCCUUUCCCCCCUCCGCCGCACGGUUAUUCAGCUGCUCAGCAGGCACCACGUCCACCCAUUCCCGGACAGCCGCAGCCUCCUACGGGUGGGUUCACGUUUAACUAUCCCGCCUGGCCGCAGGCUCAAACCCAGGCCCAGGGACAGGGGUACGGUUAUGCUCCAGCGGCUCCGUCCCCAACCCCUCCCCAACAGCAGACUGGGUACACCCAGCCGCCGAACUGGGCCGGCGCAGCUGCGAUUCUCCAUAAUUUGGCGCAGGGUGCCUACGGGCAGCAGCCUCAGCAACAGGCUCAGCAACAGGCUCCGCAGCAGGUUCAUCAGAGCUAUCAAGGUCAAUCUGCUUAUUAUCCCCAGCAGGGCUACCAAAGUCAAGCUGGUCACCAGGCCCAGCAGAAUGGAGGUCAGCAGCAGGCUCAGACGCAAGCUCAGCAGCAAGCUCCGCAACAGCAACAGAAUCAGUACUGGCAGCAUUAGGUACGUGCCAUUCACUAUGCUAGGCUUCUGAGCGAGCAAAACGCGGCCAACGGCCAGCAAGGCUCGACUGACAGUCAGGAAGGAUCGGCGAACGACCGAUCCGAGUCUCGACGUGACGUCUAACUGAUCGAACGACCGCCUCCUUUGUUGGUUGUCGAGGGGUAGGACGUGGUAUAGAGGUUGGCUCAUCGUCUUUGAGCAAGUGCUCCACGACAAAAUAUGGGUUUCUCUUUGGAACUCGGCGGAGCGAUUGCCGACUUACACCAAUAGUCGACUUUUGCUCAAGUUAUGAGCGCGUGUGGAACGCACAAGAUGGACCUGGCGGAUGAGUCGUCUACCAUGGGGGUUUUUUUUUCCCAGCAUUUUUUUAUUGCUAGACUCGGGAAUUUCGAGCCAUAGGGAUACCACC